AUGUUGUCUUCAACUGGCAGUCUUCUCUUGAUCGGCGGCUUUUUCCAGGGAGCCGUGUCAGCAGCCCGCAUCUUGCCUCGCGAUGGAGCGUCUCCAGCGUUGCCUUAUGCGGACGACACUACCAAGUACUGCAGUUGGUGGCUCGACUACGAGUCUGUUGGGUCCUGUGCGGAUAUGCUUGAGGCCAACUACAUCAACCUCGAGGAGUUUCGUCGAUGGAACCCUUCUGUAAACGCGGCCUGUGGCAACCUCGUUGUCGGAAAGUCGUACUGCGUUGAGACCACCGAUGAGCCGGCAGCCCCCGCUCCGGCUCCGGCUUCGAGCUCUGCUUCAUCUGUACGAUCGUCAGCUGUGCCCACGCCCUCGACAUUCACGACCUCGCCAGAGCCUGUGGUCACAAGCUCUGCAAGCAAGUCAACGCCACCAUCAACGACCACACCUACGCCUACGCCCACCGUCACUAAGGGUAACAACGGCGUAGAGACCCCUCUGCCAACCCAGCCAGGCAUGGUUUCCAAUUGUGCCGCCUUCCAUUACAUCGGCCCGAACACUGUCUGUAGCCAGGUCCUCAGCUACCAGAAGAUCUCAAUUGAGGAUCUUUACCGAUGGAAUCCCUCGGUCAACGCCGAUUGCACGGGCCUGCAGAAACUGGUGAACGUAUGCGUCCGCGUCAUUGGCGCCACAACGACUACACCCAAGCCCAGCACCACCACCACCACCCCAGGAAACGGAAUCGAAACGCCUCAGCCAACGCAGCCAGGCAUGGUCGCAAACUGCAACAAGUUCCACUUCAUCAACCAGGGUGUAGUGUGCAGCCAGGUGAUCAGCUAUCAGAAGAUCACUCGCGAAGAUUUCGUUAAAUGGAACCCCACCGUGAAGGACGAUUGCUCCGGCAUGUGGGCCAAUGUCAAUGUUUGCGUUGGCGUGAUCGGAGGAGGAUCGUCGCCGACACCUACCACGAGCGCGGGCAACGGCAUUCAGACGCCGCAGCCCACGCAACCUGGCAUGAUUUCGAGUUGCAAGAAGUUUCAUUAUGCGGCGGAGGGCGUUGUUUGCACCCAGCUUACUAGCUACAACAAGAUCAGUCUGGCUGACUUUGUGAAGUGGAACCCAGGAGUUGGAAGCGACUGCAGGACGAUGUGGGCGAACACAUAUUUCUGUUCAGACAAGUAUGCACCUAGGCGACCUCUAUCUGCCUAUGUAAUUUUCCCCAACCAUGUAAGGGAGUCUCUGAAGAGCCAAGUAUUAUCUUUCACAGAGAUUGCGAAAGUCGUUGGUGAACGGUGGCGAGUUUUACCAGCGGAAGCUCGAGAGGCCUAUCAAUGUCAGGCCAAGGCCGGAAAAGAGAAAUACCACGCGAAAUUAGUAGAGUAUAAGGGAUCUCCCAAGUACGAUGCUUAUCAAAAGUACCUGAAGGAGUUCAAGGCGAAACACGCAGCACCAUAUAAUGGUUUGUUGCGUUGA